CCACAGCCCACAGCGACGCGGCAGCGGCAGCAGGAACAGCACCCCAACAGCGACCUUGCUUCCGCGCGCGGCAGCCGAGGGAGGGGAGGGGAGGGGAGGAGGAGAUCGAGGGGGUGCAGGCCGGGCAGGGCGGCAUGGGGACGGGGGGCUAGAACAACAAGGAGAUGGCUGCAGAGCGACGUCCUCGGGGGCAUUAAUGGGGCCCUCCUCCUGCUCCACAUCCUGCUGCUCCCACAUCCUCCCCGCGGCCGCGGUUGAUUCCUCGCCCGCCUGCUUUUAACCGCGCCCCCCCUUUUCCGGACGGGACGGCUGGGCUGCGGGCGGGCGCCAUGGGCAUCGAUCUCAACGCGGCGGGCGAGCCUGGCAAGGCGGCGGCGGCGGUGUCGGUGUGCCGGGACCUGUGGCACGCCUGCGCGGGGCCGGUCGUGGCGCUGCCGCGCAGGGGCAGCGCGGUCGUCUACCUGCCGCAGGCGCACCUCGCGGCGGCCGGCGGCGGAGGGGACGUGCCGGUGGCCCUGCCGCCGCACGUGGCGUGCCGCGUGGUGGACGUCGAGCUAUGCGCGGAUCCGGCGACCGACGAGGUCUACGCGCGGCUGGCUCUGGUUGCGGAGGGCGAGGUCUUUGAGAAGAACAUGGGAGGUGGGAGGUUUGAAGGGGAAGAUGACAUGGAGGAUGGCGAUGGAGAAAGGAAGUCCCGGAUGCUGCACAUGUUCUGCAAGACACUAACGGCCUCUGACACAAGCACACACGGGGGAUUCUCUGUUCCCCGCCGUGCUGCAGAGGACUGUUUCCCUCCACUGGACUACCAGCAGAUCAGGCCUUCCCAAGAGCUUGUUGCAAAGGAUUUGCAUGGAGCGAAGUGGAGGUUCCGCCAUAUCUAUAGAGGUCAACCACGUAGGCAUCUUUUAACGACUGGAUGGAGUUCAUUUGUCAAUAAAAAGAAACUUGUCUCUGGGGAUGCAGUCUUAUUUCUCCGUGGUGAUGAUGGUGAACUACGACUUGGUGUAAGGAGAGCCAUUCAGCUUAAAAAUGAGGCCCUUCUGAAAGCUUUCAAUAGCAACAGCUCAAAGAUACACACACUGUCUGCUGUGGCUAAUUCCUUGAAACAUAGAAGUGUUUUUCACAUCUGUUACAAUCCAAGAGCUGCUGCAUCCGAAUUUAUUAUUCCGUACUGGAAGUUCCUGAAGAGCCUGAAUCGUCCAUUUUGUAUUGGAAUGAGGUUUAAGAUUCAGUACGGGAGUGAAGAUGUUAAUGAGAGGCGAUCUGGAAUGAUUACAGGUAUUAAUGAUGUAGACCCCAUUAGGUGGACUGGUUCAAAAUGGAAAAGCCUGCUGGUAAGAUGGGAGGAUGGCACAGACUGUAAUAGCCAAAAUAGACUAUCUCCGUGGGAGAUCGAGAUAGUUGGUGGCUCGGUCUCUAUUGCUCAGUCUCUGUCAGCAUCCAGUUCUAAACGAACUAAACUGUGCCCUCAGGGCAAUGUGGACGUCCCAACUCUGUAUGGAAAUGGUCGUCCGGACUCCGUGGGAGCUGAUAAACUCCCCAGGGUCUUGCAAGGUCAAGAAUUGAUGGGUUCUGGAACUCAUCGUGUUACAUGUCCUCCUCAGCCAGGUGGCGCCACAGAAUUCAGGCGUUCUGAUGGUACGGGGUUCCUUGCUAAUACACGAAGCUGCAUGCUGAGUGGUCCAGCAAGCAGGUUUCCACCUCAAAGCCCCUAUUUCGCCUACCAACCUGUAGGCUUCGGUGAAUCCGUUGGGUUCCCGGAGGUCUUGCAAGGUCAAGAAGUUUCUCAGACGGUUCCUCUGUUCCAAGGAAUUGUGUCUGAUACAUGUUCCGCAAAAGGGGGAUAUGGGCUGUACAACUACAUGCGCACCUCGUCUGCCAUGAACGGAGGGUUUUCAUCUGCAGCUCAGGGGUAUCCUCUCUCCCUGUCUACUCCGCCGCCAGCAGAGGCGGCUUCGCCCUCAUCCGCAGCGGUUCCACCACAGCUUUGGCUGGCAAGCAAGAGCAACGAAGAAGCUGCGAAUGGCAGCCAGCUUAACCAAUUUGGAAUUCCAAAGUCUCCUGGUGAUGGCGCUGCUAAGCUUGGGUCUGAUGGAAGGAAGGUUGCCAGAACGAGUUGCAUGCUUUUCGGGUUUUCCUUGACUGAGAAGAUGUUGCCAACGGAAGAAGACUGUGCCAAGGAAGGGAGCCAUGAAGCCGACUGUCAGAAUCCGCGGAUGCUAGACUUGUUUGGAUACAACCGCGCUACCCCCGGCGCUCUUCAUGCCCUCUGCGCCGCUCCCCUGGGAAUAUGAUGCCACUCCAAUUCCAGUAUGAUCCAAGUACUUUGCAGUGCUCUUUCUAAGAAACUUUAAUAAUCAGUCUGCGCAUUCAGGGACCUUCGGUGAAUAUGCAUGUGAGCAUGCAGCUGCCACUCCUUGCAUCACCCCAGGGACAGUCAGCAUUUUCCCUCGGUCGUUCUAGUCCCAGCCGUAUUCCUGAUGCACACUACUUGUCGUUCUAGUCCAUCCAAUCCUACAGCCCUAUAUGUAUUUUAGACUAUUUUAUGUGUGUCGCUUCUGUAUCUGUAUCGAACCUUCAUUUGCUAUCUCCUUGGACAUGCCUGUAUCACCGCUAGUACUUAAUUUAUGCUAUGUGUCUAAUGGACCCUA